GCAAAAUCCGAGUGUAGAAUAUAUACCUCUCAAUUUCACUGACAAUAGAAGUCAAUCCGCUAGAUUGCAUUUUAUCCGUAGAAAGCCGCAUUUAUCCAAUUUGUAUCACUCUCCGCGAUCAAUGGACUAUUGUCGUGUUUAAAUUCGGCCUGUAUUAAGGAGAAACAUUUUCAUUUUAUUAUUUUGCACAUGAUGAGGGUAGUGUACGUUUUAUGUACACUUGAACAAACUUGACAUCAUUACAAGAAUAUACUGUUCUGUGAGAAAACAAAUCAGGGAUCUAUUUUAUCGGGAGCGUAAUGCGAUUUGAUCCGCCAUAUAUCGCGGAAAAGGAACGGAGCGACAACUUAUUUAUAUAAAAUGUAUGUAGAAUUAUUGAUGAUGUGUAAAUGUGAAAAAUUCUAUUAAAGAACGCAAAAGCUUUUAGGGAAUGAAUUUAAUAGCAGUAAGAUAAAACGACGCCCGGAGCCUGACAAAUGUUUCCAUUGGGAUCUAGCUGGCGUUUUGGACUAUGUGAAGUCGAUUGAAAUCUUUCACUUAUAAAAGGACUGUAAAAGUCACUCGCUCUUUUCCCAUCUCAGAAACACAGAGACAGUAAAAUGAUAAAAUGACCACCUUUUCUGUGAUAUUAAUUAUAUUCUGAUACUGAAGCAUCACGAGUUCAGAAAUGGAUCUAGCUCGAUCACGAUUUUUAAGGAAACAGAAAAGCGCUCCAUGCUUGUAUCGAGAUAGGACGGACGGGGCGGAUCCAAAGAUAAGCAGGCGUAGAUCGGAGGAAGGUGGUCUUGACGGGGAUUCUGUCAGACGCCUGUAUGGGAAGUUGUUUUAUCCCCGUGUCAGGACAAUAUCCGAGUCAGCUCUGGAGGAAGAAAAAGACGAACAGAAGAGUCACGUGGAGAGUGAAGCAGACGUUAAUAAUGAACAGACGACAGAGCAGGACAAACCCCCGCCAGUUCCACCUCGGAAGUCAAAGGUCAGAAAAUCGUCCCGGAAUUUCCUUGGCAACAGUUGGCCCCAUGAUGCUCAAAGAAAUCUGAAAGGACAUCUGGAAAACAAUGAAGGUGUUUCUAACACCGGCGUGGGACAGACCCCUACCGAAUGGAGGUCUCCACAAUUUAGUCGUUUUUCUAACCCAGAAGGUCAUUUGUUUAGUGAUGUCAAAGACAUCCUUAGUGAUGACAUUAACCAAGGUCAUCCUCAACCUACCAUUAAUAACAGCUCACGUGUUAAACCACGCCUUAUGACCUCAAGGUCAUCGAGUUCACUCUACAGUCAAAAGGACGAUGAAAAGUACCAUGACUUUCGACGACGAUUGUCGAUCAAAAGUAAUGUUUCAAACCGUGAGAACUUCUAUCCAGGAAAUAUUUCAACAAAUCUGGACCAAAAUUGGAAUUUGUCUCAAAGUGCUUCCCCAGAUCUACGACGCUCUCCUAACUCCUGGCCUCGACUUCAGAUGACAGAAGCGGAGAAGGAAGAAACAGAUCAAGUUGAAGACCGCGUUAAUUAUUCAUAUGCAGGAAAAAAUGACAUAAGUGUUGCGAGGUCUAAAAGUUUGAAUGACACUGCGGCACGAGAACAAAUCCAGUUACAUGGUAACAGACCGCAUUCAUUUAACGGACUCUUUGAUAAGGAAUUCUUGACGGAAGCAAACCCUAUUGAUUCUGAUCAAGGGCGGAUGGAUACAUCUUCAGGAACGAGGACACUGAGAUCUCAAAGAAAAUUCUACAAAGACUCCAACAGUGGUGUUGAAAUCUCGCGCGAAGUUAAUUUGCCGACAGAUAGCGAACUACACGCGGUGUAUGCUGGGAUACCUGGACUAGAGACCGGAUCUGUAACCGUGCUGUCGUCCCCUCGUAUCUCUCCGGACAUAUUUCACGACAUUCCCGGACUCACAGUGACGUCAGAAUCGGAAGAUACCUCAGCAGGUGAAUCCAAUACUAGUGAAUCUCUGAUACACCUACAGAAAGGACAACAAUUUCUAGCGGUCCCCAGGAAGGUUCAUCGAGGACGGAGACGCCGCCUAUCGGCCAGCGUUAGUUGUUCCGAGGAGAGUGAUAAUGAACCCUCCCCUCCACUGUCCCGCAGAGGUCGAAGGUCAGCUAUCGUGGAUACCAAGAAUGUCGGCGAUGUGUCCCCUACAAACCUCUCACCCGAGGGUUCCCCGGGGAAUUCCUGUGAUGAGAGUGAAAAUCGUGGCAUGAACAGAGUUCAGCGACAUCGCUCCUCGCUGGAGACCACCAUGUACACACAUCCUAGCGAGCUGUUGGGUGGUGAUCAGCACAGGAAGUUGUUGAAAAGGAACACAAUCGCCGAGUUCUCUCUGUCUCGUGGUCCUUCUGCGUCAGCCAAUCAAAAUGAUGAUUCUAAAAAAGGACGACAGUCUACAUUUUCCCUGCUCAAACUUAUGCGCUCUCGUAGCAAAGAGUCCAUGGCGAAGCUUGAAGAUGUUCUGGCAAAUAUGAAACCCAGUGAAUUUAAGGACAACCAUUUACUGGCUUACAAAAAUUUACAUUGGUCUGAGCUGAUAGCGAGCACGGACAAACACAAUGAUAAAGCCAGUGAUCAACUACAGCUCACAGAAAAGGAGCGGAAGCGGCGCGAGGCAGUCUGGGAAUUAUUCCAAAGCGAGUGUGUGUUCCUUGUAAAUCAUCUGAUGGUCCUCAAGCAUUGUUUUAUGGAACCACUAAAGAAGUGCCAAGUUGAAGGUCAUCUGAUGUAUGCCGAGCCCGAAGAUUUGUUCGGUAAUCUUGACGAAUUAUGUUACGUUAGUUACACAUUUUGUAAAGACUUUAUUGCUACAUUGGUCAAAGCCAUGAGCUCAACAGAAUUUGGUAGUACUACGGUCCUUCUAAAGGCGUUUGACAGGUUCUCUUCACAUUCCAAAGAUGGAGAUGUUUACCACACAUACUGCUUGAAUUAUACCAAUGCUUUAACGUACUUAGAACGGUUACGCAGAAACGAUGACUUUCACGAAUUUGAAAAGGCAUGUUGUCAAGAUCCCCGAUGCCAGCGAUUAAAGCUUACAGACCUUCUGGUGGCCCCAUUACAGCAUUGUACCAAACUACCUCUGUUGCUGAACAACAUCCGGAAGUACACAGAAGUUGAGGAUGAAGUUGACAAAUUAACGGAGUCAAUAUCAAGAGUGGAAAUGUCUCUUCAAAAAAUGGAAGACAAAAUGCAGUGGGCAAAAAAUUACGAGAGAGUGCAGGAGAUCGCACGCCAACUGUCAUGGCCGCCGGUGACCGACCUUGACCCUAGAGUUUUCAUUCCAGAGUAUUUAAAGUCGACAUUACUAAAACAGCCAUGUGAGCACCUCCUGCUGACGUGCCCCGACCGGCAGCUUCUUCUUGAAGGGCAGCUCACUCUAAUAGAACCCACCAAGAUUCUGGAUAUGUAUCUUUUUCUCUUUGAUGAUAUUUUAUUACUAACUCGGUUGAAAAAAUCUGCUAAAAAAAAACAGCAGACCUCCGGGGGUGACUUGAAAACCCCACUCCCCGGGGACAGGUGUCUGUACACGGUAUACAAACAACCCAUCUCCCUCGAUAGAAUCUGUCUGCAUGAUAUUCCACCAACCGAAACAGUGGCUAACGGCAUCAAGUCAGCAUUCGUACUGGUCCAAAUCAGCCGCUAUCAACAAAUUAUUGGAGUCUUCACGCUUCAGUGCUCAAAUGAUGCGGCCAAGCUGAAGUGGAUGGAUAAACUCCGAGAGGCUAAGGAAGGAUUGGAGAGUGUGGUAUCCAGACGAGGAACGAACUCUUCCGAUAAACAACCCAAAAAUGAAAAGUGAUCAAACUGACAGAAUUAAAGAAUUCAUGUUUUGUUGGAAAUACAAUGAAUUUUUAUUUUGAUUUAAAAAUAAAAAAAAUUAAAGUGUAUAUAAA